AUGUGUCGCACAUAUCAAAUUAUUCAAACGGGCCUGAUGACUACGAGUUUGAUUCUGCUGCCUUCCGCAAAGAUGUAUCGAAAAUUGCAGCGGCAGAUCUCAGAACGACAUUUUGUUGCUGAGAGAGAGAAUAAGGAUCAGCUGACGAACCUGGAGCUGAAUAUCCGGAAGAUAACGAACUCGGUUUUGACUAUCGGAACGGGAUAUUUCUUGAGCACAUUGCAAUCACUGUACGACAGGAUGAAGGAUGAGGAUGUGGAAGCAAGUCAAAGAAAGAAGUUCUCGAUGAAUAACUUACCAGUGGGAUGCUAUCUUCUCCAGCUCGAUGACGGCGACGAACGCGAUCCAAACACGUCGUCGGGCUGGCACGCAAAUAGACUAGGGCGGGUGAAUCACGAAUUUCUCGCUAUGUCUCUGCGUAAAGCGAAAUUCGACUUGCAGUCGACACACCCACCUUCUGUUGAUUAG